ACUUCGCACCCGUUUGAGCGCCUGCCGCCUUGUCGUCUCCACCAAACUCAACUAGCCCACCACUCCCCCUCCCGUCCGCAUCUCGCCACUCCCCCGCCUCGUCCCUGUCUCCGGCGACCUCUCCGGCGGCGGAACGCUCGCCGCAUGGAGCAGUAGGCCCAGCGCCGAAGCUAUCUCCUUGCCCCUGCGCCGUCUGCGGCCAUGGCCAACUAUCUGGCGCAGUUCCAGACCAUCAAGUCCUCCUCGGACCGCAUCGUCAUCGCCGUUGAGGAUGUGAGUGACUUGUGGCUCAACGUCAAAGAUAGUUUUGAGCAACGCUUGCCAGUCAAGAAAGCCUGUCUCAAUAACAAGGCGAGGAACCCUGUUCUUGUGGAAAACCUACCAGCUGAGUUUAUACAGACAACUGAUUCAAGGCUGCGUAGUCGAUUUCCGCAAGAACAAUACUUGUUUUGGUUUCGCGAACCAUAUGCUACUGUUGUUCUUGUUACUUGCGAGGAUCUUGAUGAGUUCAAGACCAUUCUUAAGCCUCGCCUCAAAUUAAUUGUGCAAAAUGAUGAGAGAGAAUGGUUCAUUGUAUUUGUGUCGAAGGCCCAUCCUAGCAAUGAUCAAGCAACUAAGAUGGCAAAGAAAGUAUACGCUAGGCUUGAGGCCGAUUUCAACACUAAAAAGAGAGAAAGGUGCUGCAAAUUUGAUCUUCAUGGACCUGAUGAUGAAUUCUGGGACGAUUUUGACUCGAAAAUGGUGGACUGCAUAAGAAACACAUUGGAUAAAAGGGUUCAGUUCUAUGAAGAAGAAAACCGCAGGUUAAGUGAGCAGCGAUUCACACCAAUAUGGAACUUCUGCAACUUUUUUAUUCUGAAGGAAAGCUUGGCAUUUAUGUUUGAGGUGACUAACCUUCAUGAAGAUUCACUCCGUGAAUAUGAUGAGCUUGAACUAUGCUAUUCAGAAUCAGUAAAUCUCCCAGGGAAACCUCGAGAAUUUGGAGGACUGGAAACUGGUGAUGAUCAGGCUGCGCUGCUAAAUCCAGGGUUCAAAGCGUUGACCCAGAUUGUUCAGGAUGACGUGUUCAGGGAAUUUGAGUUUAGGCAAUACAUAUUUGCUUGCCAGGCUAAGUUACUAUUUAAACUGUCUCGACCAGUUGAGGUUGCUGCAAGAGGAUAUGCUUUUGUUGUCAGCUUUUCCAAGACGCUAGCCUUGCAUGAGAAUGCACUACCCUUUUGUUUCCGCGAAGUAUGGGUGAUAACUGCUUGUUUGGGUUUAAUUAAAUCCACAAGUACACAAUAUGAUGGUGGAGUUGUUGCUAUUGAUUCAGAGAAGGAGUUCUAUCGUCUUCAGGGUGACCUUUAUUCUCUCUGUCGUGCUAAGUUUAUGAGGCUUGCUUAUUUGAUUGGUUAUGGGGUUGGAAUAGAAAAAAGUCCAGUCAACAGUGCCUCAUUAAGCAUGCUAUCUUGGCCAAAGCCAGCUACCUGGCCUUCGAUUCCACCUGAUUCAUCAGCAGAAGUAAUGGCAAAGGAGAAGACAAUUCUUCAAGCAAAAGCAAGAGAAAAGCUCUUUGACAUUCAGAGGAAACCACUGCCAUUGGAACCUUCUUCUCUUCUACGUGAAGCUAAUAGGCGUAGAGCUUUUCUUUCAGUUGGAAAUUUGUCUGAAUUAUAUGAUCCAGUUGAUGGUUCAGGUUUAGGUCCACAUUCAAAACUUUCUCCCAACAAAUCUUCUUCCAACUUGAUGACAAGAACUAUGUCUGGGCCAGCAACCUCUGAGACUUCUCUACCAGUUGAUCGGCCCAUGAGGUUGUCAGAAAUUCAUGUUGCUGCUGAGCAUGCAUUGAAACAGACGAUAUCUGAUCCUGAUUUUAUGACGUCACUUUCAUCACCAGAAGAAUUUGAGAGUAGAUAUAUGGAGCUUACUAAAGGCGCAGCUGACAAUUAUCACCGCUCUUGGUGGAAAAGACAUGGAGUUGUGCUUGAUGGAGAGAUUGCAGCUAUAUUUUUUAAGCAUGGGAAUUAUGACCUGGCUGCAAAAUCCUAUGAGAAAGUGUGUGCUCUCUAUUCUACAGAAGGCUGGGAAGAACUGUUGGCAGAUGUUCUUCCUGAUCUUGCAGAAUGCCAGAAGAUUCUUAAUGACGAAGCUGGUUAUCUGGCUUCCUGUGUGAAGUUACUUUCUCUUGAGAGUAGCUUGUUUUCAUCUAAAGAGCGGCAGGCUUUCCAGUCAGAGGUUGUUCGGCUUGCUCACAGUGAAAUGAGGCAUCAUGUACCCCUUGAUGUUUCAUCAUUAAUUACAUUCGCUGGAAAUCCUGCUCCGCCACUAGAAUUAUGUGAUGGUGAUCCUGGUACACUAUCUGUAGCAGUCUGGAGUGGCUUCCCAGAUGACAUAACACUUGAGUCUCUCAGUUUAAGAUUGUCAGCUUUCUCUAGUGCAGAUGAAGGUCUUAAGGCAAUAAGGAGUACAGAUGCACGUAUUCUUGUACCAGGUAGAAAUAUUAUCACCUUCGACAUUCCUCCUCAAAAGCCAGGUUCCUAUGUGUUGGGCGCUCUCACUGGACAGAUUGGCAAGCUGUCAUUCAGAUCACAUGGAUUUUCUCAAGAUGGUCCAGUGGACACUGAUGAAUUCAUGAGCUUUGAGAAGCCAACAAGACCUGUUUUGAAGGUGAGAAAACCGAGGGCUUUGGUUGAUAUUACUCCUGCUGUAUCAUCUGCGUUGCUUAUGAAUGAACUCCAGUGGAUCGGGUUGAUUGUCAAGCCUAUAGACUAUUCUUUGAAAGGUGGCAUACUGCAUAUAGAUGCCGGUGCUGAACUAAAAAUUGAGGAGUCUCAGAUGAUUGAGAUAGAAAGGUACAGAAGCGAUGGGGAGCAUUCUGGUCCUAUUGAUGCUUCCAAGGCAUUAUCAAGGCCCACUGAUACUGGAAGGGUUGAGAAGGUUCCUAUAGAAAAUGGGAAGAUAAAGGUUGAGAAGGUUCCUAUCGAAAAUGGGAAGAUAAAACUGCCAGAUUGGGCUAGUGACGUGACAACGCUUGUUUGGUUCCCUGUUCGUGCUAUCGACGAUACAAUUCCAAAGGGAACAUCCCCAGCAUCCCCUCAGAAACAUAGCAUAGUAGAUGGGAUGAGAAUGAUUGCUCUCAAGCUUGAAUUUGGAGCUUUCCAUAAUCAAAUAUUUGAAAGGACCAUUGCCGUACAUUUCACUAAUCCAUUCCAUGUGAGCACACGUGUUGUUGACAAGUGCAAUGAUGGAACUCUACUUCUGCAGGUAAUAUUGCAUUCUGAAGUGAAGGCUACUCUGCAUGUAAAGGAUGUAUCAUUGGACCUACAAGCUGGAUUUGAGCACCUAGGCAAGGGAGAUGGACGUCCUUCUUCGAGUUUGUUCCCUCUGGUUAUUGCUCCUUCUUCCAAAGCUGGAAUCUUGUUUGUGAUACGUUUAAGUGGCACAAAAGACCUAGAUGAGCUGGAACAGGCUGACAGCAUGUUGCAUAUUAAAUACGGGAUAUCCGGUGACCGAGCAACCGGAGCACACUCUCCAGUUCCUGUUAAACCUGAUGAUUCUGAAGAGCUUCUAUUCAAGAUUUCACUCAAACUGAAGCGCCCUGUUCUAGAUCCAUGCCUGGCAGUUGGAUUCCUUCCGUUUUCUACCGAUUGCCUGAGGGUUGGUCAAUUAGUUAACAUGAAAUGGCGGGUUGAAAGGCUGAAGGACCUGGAGGAAGCAUCUCUGUCUGACGAUGAAAUACUUUAUCAGGUGGACGCUAAUCCACAGAACUGGAUGGUUGCUGGGAGGAAAAGCGGUCACAUUUCAUUCUCAGAAGCACAAGGAUCAAGGAUCGAGAUCGCCGUGACAUGUGUCCCGCUGGUGUCAGGGUACGUACACCCGCCACAGCUAGGCCUGCCCGACGUAGGCGAUGCGAAUAUCAGCUGCAAUCCAGCAGGCCCCCACCUGGUGUGCGUGCUUCCUCCCACUCUCAGCACCUCCUACUGCAUACCGGCUUGAUUCAUGAGCCAUCUCCGUGCCAUUACGUUAGCUACUUAUAGAGGCCACCAUUUGAGAUUCAAGAUGUUCUGUUUUUGCCUGGAGGCUAUUCUUUUCUUUCUACAGGUUUACGUGCACGGUGUAUAUUAAUUGACUGGGUGCGAAUCCGAAUUCUCGUGAUGAGCUGGGGGUUUAACACUCAACAUUUGCAUUGCCCUGAGUAAUGAGUUGGGAGUAAGGCAUUUGCGUUUGCGCUGUCUCCCUUUGAGAA